AUGUCUGGUGGUCCUGUCCCAAUAUGGAAGAAAUACACAACUAGAUCAAGAGGUAUAUGGGAGAAAUUGAGACAAUUAUUAGUGCUCGUACCAAAUAGAUCAUCAGGUAAUCCAGUUGUUUCGCUAUUUAGAAGUAUUCCACCUGGUGAACGAGUUCGUGAAGCUAAAGCAUACCAAGAUCCAAUAACGGUUCCAGCAGGCGAUAUCAAGGGAAAUCCUUAUUUUAAAAGAGAUUAUAGAAGAAACUACCCUCAGACUCACGCUUUUGAUCAAACUAAAAUCUCGGGAUUAUUGCAAUUGGGAAAUGCAGCACAUCCAAGAAUCUCUAUAGGAGAUAAGGGCAAUAAGGAGUUGAGUACAUAUACAGCUGCCAAAGAAGUAGUUUGUUUGUCCAACACCUUGUCUCAUGUGCCCGAAACAGUCGUACGAGGCGAAAUCUUGGGACAACAAGGAGAACCAAUUGUGGCACCAAGUUUAAACAAGUUUAAGUGGGAAAUCUUGCCUGAAAGUGUUCAUGGAAUGUAUACUGAUCAAUACCCAUGUCGCAUGUUCACCGAUAUCAAAUCGAAAAACCCACAUCCUUUACAACAGAGCACUUCACCACUUUAA